CGGGGGCCCUCGGCAUUUAAGAGCUCAGACCUUGACUCCGGAGACCCCCUGGGUGGGAGGCAGAAAUAGACCUUAUUCCCUCCUGCCCGUGCAGGCUUCUGGCAAAGGCAUUGCCGAGUUGCUGACCGGCUGGGGGCGGAAUCCAGAAGAGGGGGCCUCCAGAAGAGGGGGCCGUGCUUCUGGCCCCGCCUUCACCUCCGGGUCAGAGGAUAAAUUCCCAGCCCAGUUUCUCCGAGGCCUCUCCACUGAGACCGCCUUCAGCAGCACCAUGCCUAUGAUCCUGGGUUACUGGGACAUCCGCGGGCUGGCUCACGCCAUCCGCCUGCUCCUGGAGUACACGGGCUCAGACUAUGAGGAGAAGCGGUACACGAUGGGGGACGCUCCUGACUAUGACAGAAGCCAUUGGCUGAACGAAAAAUUCAAGCUGGGCCUGGACUUCCCCAAUCUGCCCUACCUAAUUGAUGGGGCUCACAGGCUCACGCAGAGCAACGCCAUCCUUCGCUACAUUGCUCGCAAGCACAACAUGUGUGGGGAGACAGAGGAGGAGAAGAUUCGAGUGGACGUUUUCGAGAACCAGGCUAUGGACGUGCGCUUCCAAAUGGUCAGGGUGUGCUACAGCCCUGAUUUUGAGAAACUGAAGUCUGGUUUCUUGGAGGAGAUCCCUGGAAUAAUGAAGCUCUUCUCAGAGUUUCUGGGGAAGAGGUCUUGGUUUGCAGGAGACAAGCUCACCUUUGUGGAUUUCUUGGCUUAUGACGUCCUUGAUGUGUACCGCAUAUUUGAGCCCAAGUGCCUGGAUGAAUUCCUAAACCUGAAAGACUUCAUGAGCCGCUUUGAGGGCCUGAAGAAGAUCUCUGCCUACAUGAAGUCCAGCCGCUUCCUCCCAAACCCUCCAUUCUCAAAGAUGGCCACGUGGGGCAACAAGUAGUGCCCUGGAAGAGCAGGAGCCAGAGUGCG